AUGGAUUUCGCUGAUACUAUGCAUGGGUGCCAUGAGAAUUGGGCUCAGAAGCACUUUGAGAAGCAAUCUCACUCUGUGCGUUGUACGGUCUGCCAAAAGGCAUUCGGCAGCGGCAUGGCAGUCAUACAGCAUUAUCAAAAGCACGUCAAAGCUCGGGAAGCUCCAAUCAAUACGAAAAAGCCCAUUCAGGAGAGAAAGGCUUUUAACCAGCAUUCAGCAGGUCCGACAAUAACGUCGCCAGCACCCCUCGGAAAUGGCCAAAUGUACUUUCAAGAAACUCCACUGACAGCUGUCGGAAAUAUAAUGCAUUUCGGAGAGGAGCGUGAUCCGAUCAACUUGCCCUUUCAAUUGCCUUUGAUCGCAUCGGGUGUAACUGAUGCUAAUGGUAACAACCCUCUCAAUCUUUGCUCCCUUUUGCAGUCGCCCAUGCGACUAAGUGAUCUACAUAAAGACUUACUUGGUAUCCGGGAAACUCUUGGCUAG